AUGGCACCAACAAGGAGUCAGUCAAGAACCCCAGAGCCUUCUGCCUACGAUUCGUUAACUCAGAACCUACAACAAUUGACUCAGGUUGCCCAGACACUGAGCAACGCCAUCCUCCAAAACAACAACCGACCAGCGCCGCCAAACAGAAACUCAGAUAUAGCUCGCCAAGUCUCGAGCCAUCGCCCGCCUAUCUUCUUAGGGGAAGAAGAUCCCACGACCCUUGAAGAAUGGAUCCGAACAUUCGACAAGAUCUUUGAGGUAGUGGAGUGCCCGGAGGGACGCCGUGUGGAAUUAGCCUCGUUCUAUUUCGGACACGAGGCCGAUCUUUGGUGGGUUCACGAAGGACCUACUUAUAGGCAAGAACCGGGAUUCAAUUGGGAAUCCAUGAAGGCACGGUUACGGGGACGGUUUUACCCCGCACACAUAAGGGCAGCUAUGUACGAAGAAUUCCUCCACCUGAAACAGGGGAUGAUCACCGUCAUGGAAUACCACAAAUGA